AUGCAGAAGUCGUGUCUUGUCCUCCAUCAACGAAUUCACACAGCUGCCAAGCCGUAUCCCUGUUCUGAAUGGGGGAAGUGUUUUACAGAGCUAGGAUCACUUAUCUCACAUCCAAGAACUCAAACUGGGGAGAAGCCGUAUUCGUGUUCAGAGUGUGGGAAAUGUUUUACAACGAGUUCGGCUCUUUCUAGGCACCAGAGGAUUCACACGGGGGAGAAGCCGUAUUCAUGUUCCGAGUGUGGGAAAUGUUUCUCUCAGAGAUCACACCUUAUCACCCAUGAAAAACUUCAUACUGGAGAGAAGCCAUAUUCAUGUUUAGAAUGCGGGAAAUGUUUCUCUCAGAAGUCACACCUUAUCACCCAUGAAAAACUCCAUACCGGAGAGAAGCCGUAUUUAUGUUUAGAAUGUGGGAAAUGUUUUUCUCGGAGAUCACACCUUAUAACCCACGAAAAGCUUCAUACAGGAGAGAAGCCUUAUACAUGUUUAGAAUGUGGGAAAUGUUUUUCGAGUAUAUUAAUUAAAUGCGCACUCACCAGAAGUGCGUCAAAAAAAAAAACGCAUCCAGCUCUCAAUGUCCAUCAACGGACUAAUGCAGCUGAGAAGCCUUUUCCCUGUUUUGAGUGUGGGAAAUGUUUUACCCAAAAGGAAGACCUCACCUCCAACCUGAGACUGCACACAGAAGAGAAGCCCUUUUCCUGUUCCCAAUGUGGGAAAUGUUUCACCCGAAGAGCCUACCUCGCCAAACAUCAAAGGAUUCAUGUUGGUUUGACGCCGUUUUCAUGCUCCGAAUGCGGCAAAUGUUUUACCCGGAGAACCAGCCUUACCAACCACCAGAGGACUCACACAGGGGUGAAGCCAUACUCGUGUCCAGAAUGCGGGAAAUGUUUUACCUGGAGAACCACUUUUAUUGAGCAUCAGAGAUCGCACACUGGAGUAAGACCAUAUACGUGCUCGGAAUGCGGAAAGUGUUUUUCGCUGUAUUCGGCUUUUAGUAAGCACCAGAAGAUCCACACGGGAGAGAAGCCGUAUUCAUGUGCCGAAUGUGGAAGGCAUUUCACUCGCAGUGACCAUCUUUUGAUACAUCAGAGGACUCACACCGGGGAGAAGCCGUACUCAUGUGCCGAAUGCGGAAAACGCUUUAAUGAAAGGGCAAGGCUUGUCACACAUCAAGUUGUUCACACCGGUAUCCAUCCAUUUUCCUGUUCUGUGUGCGGGAGAGGUUUCAUCACCAAUGCCAGACUUAUCAAACAUCAGCAGGUUCACCUAAGCUUGGAGCCUCAUGCAUGGGCUCAGUGA